AUGGCGGGCAAUACCACCGGGAGCACCCCGGCCCAUGCCCAGUCCUCACUUCCUUCGCUCCCCGCACAUCUUCAGUCGGAUACCCAUUUGACAGCCCAUCUCGCCAGUCGCUUCCAUGUCGGACUUCCCACUGCCCGACUCUCAUCUCAAGCAUUGAUCUCCUUCAACACGUACACAUCGGCAACCAAAGGUCCAGAUGGUGGAAAGGAAGGUAGUGCUGCUGGUGAAGCAGAGGAUCUCGCCCGUCGCGCUUUCACUCGGUUGGGAGCGCGUGGGGAAAACCAAGCCGUGGUGUUCCUAGGAGAAAGUGGUUCGGGUAAAACCACCAUUCGCUCCCACCUGCUAUCGUCCUUCCUGUCCUUCUCCUCGACCCCGCUCUCCUCUAAACUCUCCUACGCUGCUUUUGUAUUCGAUACCCUGACGACCACCAAAUCUGUGACCACCCCGACUGCCUCCAAGGCCGGUCUGUUCCUUGAAUUGCAGUACGAUGGCUCGUCCUCCGUCAACCCCACCUUGAUUGGCGGUAAGAUUAUCGACUACCGAUUGGAGCGAAGCCGCAUCUCGUCCGUGCCGACUGGCGAGCGCAGCUUCCACGUGUUAUACUACCUCCUGGCCGGUACAAGCGCGGCUGAGAAGGCUCACCUGGGCUUCGAUAACUCUAUCCAUAUCACCACCGGCGGCGGCAAACUUGCAUCCGAUUCGGUGACCCAUAAGCGAUGGCGGUAUCUUGGCCACCCAACCCAGCUCAAGGUCGGAGUGAAUGAUCACGAGGGCUUCCAGCACUUCAAGACCGCUCUGCGCAAGCUUGAGUUCUCCCGCGGUGAGAUUGCCGAGAUUUGUCAGAUCUUGGCCAGUAUCCUGCACAUUGGCCAGCUGGAUUUCAUCUCGGGACAGUCGACCACCACUGCUGCUGAGGAGAGUGGCGGUUACUCCCACGAGGGUGGUGAGACUGUUACCGUUGUGAAGAACAAGGAUGCUCUCGGCAACGUUGCUGCAUUCCUGGGUUUGAGUGUCGAGGCCUUGGAGAACAGCUUAGGUUACAAGACUAAGACCAUCCACCGGGAGCGUGUGACGGUUAUGUUAGAUCCUAAGGGUGCUCGCGAGAACGCCGAUGCAUUCGCUCGCACUAUCUACUCGCUUCUUGUCACCUACGUGAUCGAAACCGUCAACCAGAAGAUCUGUGCCGCGGAGGAUAGCGUUGCCAACACUGUCUCCAUUGUCGAUUUCCCUGGCUUUGCUCAAGCACCGGCCACUGGCUCGACCCUCGAUCAACUGCUCAGCAAUGCUGCGACGGAAUCCCUGUACAACUACUGCCUGCAAUCCUUCUUCGAUCACAAGGCCGAUGUGCUGGAUCGCGAGGAGAUUACCGUUGCAGCAACCAGCUACUUCGACAACACUGACACAGUUCGCGGCCUCUUGAAGCACGGCAAUGGUCUGCUCAGCAUUUUGGACGACCAGACCCGCCGUGGACGCAGCGAUGCUCAGUUCCUCGAGAGCGUUCGCAAGCGCUUCGAGGGCAAGAACCCUGCGAUCUCCGUGGGUGGCGGUGGCACAACCAGCUCUGGAUAUCUAUCCCAAGCUCGGACUGCCUUCACUGUGAAGCAUUUCGCUGGUGAAGUAGACUACUCUGUCACCGGUCUCAUUGAGGAGAACGGAGAAGUCAUCUCGGGUGACCUGAUGAAUCUCAUGAAGUCUACCCGCAGUGACUUUGUCCGCGAGCUGUUCGGACAAGAGGCUUUGCAGACCAUUUCCCACCCGCGGGAGAAGACUGCGAUCAUGCAAGCCCAGGUCUCCUCGAAGCCAUUGCGGAUGCCCAGCAUGGCCCGCCGCAAACACGACCAACAGGCCCGCCAAGUGUUCUCGGAUCGUGGCGAGAGCGAAGAACCGGAUGACCGCGAUAGUCAGGCAGCCAGCUCUAGACGAAGCGUUGCUGGACGCAAGAGCGCACUUAUGACUGGUCACGCUCAAGGUGCAGCCGGCCAGUUCCUUUCAGGUCUCGAGAUCAUCAACAAGUGCCUGAGCUCGUCAAACCUCAACCCGUACUUUGUGAUCUGUCUCAAGCCCAACGAUCGCCGUAUUGCAAACCAAUUCGACAGCAAAUGCGUUCGCAUGCAGGUUCAAACCUUUGGCAUUGCCGAGAUCAGCUCACGGCUGAGAAAUGCCGACUUCAGCGUCUUCCUCCCCUUCGCGGAGUUCUUGGGCCUGGCUGAGAUUGGUAAUGUCGUGGUUGGUAGUGACCGUGAAAAGUCCGAGGUCGUCUUGGACGAACGACGAUGGCCUGGCAACGAAGCUCGCGUUGGAAGUACUGGUGUUUUCCUGAGCGAGCGAUGCUGGGCCGAUCUUGCCAAGAUUGGUGAGCGUGUUGUUCCGUCCUACAACAAGAUUUCCGGUUCUGAUGAAGGUGACGUUGGAUACCACGCUGGUGGUGCCGACACCAAGGUUCGUCUCUUGAACCCGACUGAUCAAUCACCGGGUGCUUUCAUCUAUGGUGAUGAGUCCAAGCAGGGUGGCUAUUUCGGCAGCCGCGAGCUGGACGGCAAAUCCGACGCAGGUGCUUCGGCUUUCCAUUCUGGCGAUAUGUUCCGGAACCUUGAGACCAAAGAAGAGAUGCUUCAAAAGGGUAAUGAGAAGAACAUGGAGGAGGUUGACGACGUCGUGGUCUCCGGCUCUCGCAAGCGCUGGAUGGCCUUGGUCUACCUGCUAACCUUCUUCAUCCCCGACUUCUUGAUCAAAUGGAUUGGCCGUAUGAAGCGCAAGGAUGUGCGGGUUGCUUGGCGUGAAAAGCUCGCAAUCAACAUGAUCAUCUGGUUUGCCUGUGGCGUUGCAGUCUUCAUGAUUGUUGCCUUCCCGGGUCUCGUCUGUCCAACUCAACAUGUCUACUCGCAAGGAGAACUCAGUAACCACAACGGCAAGGAUGGCGCAAGCUCCUUUAUUGCCAUUCGAGGUGUGGUCUUCAACUUGGGUAACUUUAUGCCUUACCACUAUCCUGAUAUCGUCCCGCAAAAAUCUCUCAAGAACUACGCCGGCGAGGAUGCCACCAACCUCUUCCCGGUUCAGGUUUCCGCUCUUUGCCAGGGCGUGGAUGGACAUGUGGAUCCCAGCGUGCCUCUGGAUUACCGUUCCAACAUGAACGAGUCUAGCACUACCACCUCUACCACCUCUUACGACGUGAAUGCCAAGUACCAUGAUUUCCGUUACUGGACCGAUGACUACCGCGCGGAUUGGUUCUACGAGCAGAUGGUUCAGAUGCGUGCAAACUACAAAAAGGGCUACGUCGGAUACACUGCCAAGUAUAUGAAGACUCUCGCGGAUGACGACAGCAAGAACAUUGUCAGUAUUGACGGCAAGGUCUACGAUAUGACUUACUACAUCGCUGGACCUCGUAUUCCCCGUUAUCCAACGGGCAAGAACGCUACCUCGGACGUCAACACGAACUACAUGAGCCCGCUCCUCGUCACUCUCUUCCAGCAGAAGUCCGGCACUGACGUGACCAAGUAUUGGAAUGACCUGCAAAUUGAUGCGACCACUCGUGCGCGGAUGCAGCUUUGCUUGGACAAUCUGUUCUUCGUUGGACACGUUGAUACCCGUAACUCGGCCAGGUGUCAGUUUGCUCGGUACUUUAUUCUUGCCAUCUCCAUCAUGAUUUGUUUGGUCAUUCUCUUCAAGUUCUUGGCUGCUUUGCAGUUUGGAAAGAAGAACCUUCCCGAGAAUCUGGACAAGUUCAUCAUUUGUCAAGUACCUGCAUACACUGAAGAUGAAGAUUCACUACGCCGUGCCAUCGAUUCCAUGGCCCGCAUGCGUUAUGAUGACAAGCGCAAGCUUCUGUUGGUUAUUUGUGACGGUAUGAUUAUUGGCCAGGGUAACGAUCGGCCAACUCCCCGUAUUGUCCUAGACAUUCUGGGUGUCCCCGAGUCUGUCGAUCCCGAGCCUCUCAGCUUCGAGAGUUUGGGCGAGGGUAUGAAGCAGCACAACAUGGCCAAGAUCUACUCCGGUCUCUACGAGGUUCAGGGUCACAUCGUUCCCUACCUGGUCGUUGUCAAGGUUGGCAAGCCUUCCGAGGUCUCUCGCCCGGGUAACCGUGGUAAGCGUGAUUCUCAGAUGGUUCUCAUGCGUUUCCUCAACCGUGUCCACUACAACUUGCCGAUGAGCCCUAUGGAGCUUGAGAUGCACCACCAGAUUCGUAACAUCAUUGGCGUCAAUCCGACGUUCUACGAGUAUAUUCUGCAAGUCGAUGCCGAUACCGUCGUUGCCCAAGAUUCCGCCACACGCUUCGUUUCCGCUUUCCUCUCCGACACGCGCCUUAUCGCUGCUUGUGGUGAAACUUCUCUGUCCAACGCCAAGACGUCCAUGGUUACCAUGAUUCAAGUUUACGAAUACUACAUCUCGCACAACCUGACCAAGGCUUUCGAGAGUCUCUUCGGAUCCGUCACUUGCUUGCCUGGUUGUUUCACUAUGUACCGUGUCCGCUCGGCGGAGAGCGGCAAGCCCUUGUUCGUCAGCAAGGAGGUCGUUGAAAGUUACUCUGAGAUUCGUGUGGAUACCUUGCACAUGAAGAACUUGCUGCACCUCGGUGAAGAUCGAUACCUCACUACCCUCCUACUCAAGCAUCACCCCAAGUUCAAGACCAAGUACAUCUUCCGUUGUCAUGCCUGGACUGUGGCCCCUGAGAGCUUUGCCGUUUUCCUGUCCCAGCGUCGCCGAUGGAUCAACUCGACCGUGCACAACUUGAUCGAACUGAUUCCCCUGCAACAGCUGUGCGGUUUCUGCUGCUUUAGUAUGCGUUUCAUCGUCUUUGUCGACCUGCUCAGUACUGUCAUCCAGCCCGUCACGGUUGCGUAUAUCAUCUACCUGAUCGUCUGGCUAGUACGUGACACUUCGGUCAUUCCCUGGACAGCCUUCGUGUUGCUUGGUGUUAUCUACGGUCUGCAAGCGUUCAUCUUCAUUGUUCGUCGUAAGUGGGAGAUGAUCGGCUGGAUGUUCAUCUACAUCCUUGCCAUUCCCGUCUUCACCCUCGCCCUGCCUCUCUACUCCUUCUGGAACAUGGACGACUUCACUUGGGGUAACACUCGUAUCAUCACCGGAGAAAAGGGCCGCAAGGUCGUCAUCUCCGACGAAGGUAAAUUCGACCCAGCCUCGAUCCCCAAGAAGCGCUGGGAAGAAUACCAGAUGGAGCUCUGGGAGGCACAAGAGGGACAGACCUCGCGCGACGACCACUCCGAGGUUUCUGGCUACUCGUACGGCACCCGUGCCCACCCCUUCGCCCAGUCUGAGUACGGCUUCGCCGGUUCGCGGCCCGUCUCCCAACUGGAUCUGCCACUGCUUGCAUCUGGAUCGCGCAUGUCUGUCGCACCCUCUGAGAUGAUGAGCCAUCACAUGGACAUGGACAUGAGCAUGGAGGACUUGAGCCACCUGCCCUCUGACGACGCGAUUCUCGCUGAGAUCCGUGAGAUCCUGCGCACGGCCGAUCUAAUGAGCGUGACGAAGAAGAGUAUCAAGCAGGAGCUUGAGCGCCGGUUCGGCGUUAACCUGGACAUGAAGCGGCCAUACAUCAAUUCUGCUACCGAGGCUGUUCUUUCCGGUCUUCUUUAA